AUGGGUUUCUUAAAAUCUUGGCUGGAUGGCUUCAAGCCAGCCGUGAAUGUGGCUUAUGGUACCGAACCGUCUUAUGCCGACACGGAUGGUAUUUCUACUUAUGAAAAAGCGUCUGUUCUCGGAAGAGAUGAGUUUGCAAACACCGCUGUUGCUGUAAAAACCGAAAAUAACGGUGUUGCAUUUGUGCCAGAAAAGACAGCAUUGAAAAGAAACCUGGCUGGCAGGCAUAUUCAGUUCAUUGCACUGGGUGGAAGUAUAGGAACAGGUCUCUUUAUUGGCUCAGGAAGUGCCUACGCCGAGGGCGGUCCUGGCUCGCUCAUGAUUGCAUUCCUUGUCAUCGCAGUAAUGCUUGUUACUACCGUCUUUGCAUUGGGUGAGCUGGCAGCUGUUUUGCCUGUAUCCGGUGCAUUUUCUACAUAUUCAACCCGCUUUGUCGAUCCAUCAUGGGGCGUUGCAAUGGGUUGGAAUUACUGGCUCCAAUGGCUGGUGGCGCUACCACUUGAACUAACCGCCGCGACAAUAAUUAUCCAAUUCUGGGACAGUGAAGAAGUUGUACCUAAAGGCGUUUGGAUUGCUAUUGGACUGCUAAUUAUCAUUGCCAUCAAUCUUUUUGGUGUGCGUGGAUAUGGUGAAUUUGAAUUCAUUGCGUCAUUACUCAAGGUCAUUGGGUGCAUUGGGUUCAUCAUUUGUGCCAUUGUUAUUGAUUGUGGUGGCACACCGGGCACACCUGGUUCGGAGGGAUAUCUUGGAGCGCGUGGAUGGCAUGUCCCUGGAUACGGUGCAUUUGUGAAUGGGUUCAAGGGUUUUUGCAGUAUUUUUAUUACUGCAGCUUUUGCGUUCUCUGGCACCGAGCUUGUGGGUCUCGCUGCUGCCGAGACGUCUAACCCAAGGAAACAAUUGCCGAAAGCUGCGAAGCAAGUACUUUUCAGGGUUCUAAUCUUUUACAUUCUUUCGUUGUUUAUGAUUACGCUGAUUGUUCCCCCCAAUAUGCAGGAGCUCAAUGGCUCAGGCGACGGAAAUGAUCCUCGUGCUUCGCCAUUUGUGAUUGCUAUUCAGAUCGGCGGAAUCAAAGCCCUUCCGCAAAUCUUCAAUGCCGUCAUCUUAAUUUCUGCGCUCUCUGUCGCAAACGCGUCAGUGUAUGGUGCUAGUCGUACUCUUUUGGCCUUGGCUGAACAAGGCGGAGCACCCCCCAUUUUCAAGUACGUUGACAGAGAAGGAAGGCCGCUUCCCGCCGUCAUUGUUUCGCUUCUUUUUGGCUUGUUGGGAUUUUUAAUUUACUAUGCGUCACAAUCUACCGUCUUUGACUGGCUGUUGGCCAUUUCUGGCCUUUCUUCAAUUUUCGCUUGGGCAUCUACUUGCCUAGCCCAUAUUCGGUUUCGCAAGGCAUGGAAGUUGGAAGGCAACCCCCUGUCGCUCUUGCCUUGGGCAUCUCCCUUGGGUGAAUUGGGUUCCUGGGUCGGUCUGUCUCUUAAUAUUAUUGUCGUAUGUGCAGCAUUUUACGAGGCCGCAUUUCCAAUUGGCGAAAGCGAAAUGAAUGCGUCCGACCGAGCCAAUGCAUUCUUCCAAAGCAUGAUCUCGCUUCCAAUUGUCCUUGUCUUCUUUUUAUUGCACAAGCUUAUUUCGCGCAGUCGCUACGUCCGUUUGAACGAGAUCGAUAUUCACACUGGCCGCCGUGAUCCUGUAUCUUUGGAAGUAUUGGAAGAAGAACGUGCGGAAGAACGCGCAAAACCACUGUUUUGGAAAAUAUUUGACGCUAUCUUCUGA